GAUAACUUCGGCUGAGAGGGUUGCAGGCCCUUGAUUGUGACCUCAUGCUACGUUUAGGGAGAAAGAGUGAGGGGGAAGUUAGCUCAAUGGACCCAGAGCCUCAAGCAUUAGCCACGGGGUUAGAUCGGGUGGACAAGGCUACCGAGAUUGCGAUGAAUGAAUGGUAAGCGAAAUUAGUGUUGGAGGAGCAAGCGGGAGGAAGAAACCGGUGGUUUGGGUUCCGUUAUCGUGGCCCAUGGUACUGGCCCUCCGGUCGAUAUGUU